AUGGAAUCUGAUUAUGACACAUGGCGUAGCAAUGUUGAAUUCCACCUUACGGAUGCCAACCUGUCUGCCAGACACAUUGUAAGGAAAAUAGUGGAAAGCCUCUCUCCACCUGCUACUAAUGUUGUAAAGCAUCUUGGGCUGAAUGCAACCCCCAGAGAUUAUAUCAGUCUGCUUGACUCAGCAUAUGGCGUUGUUGAUGAUGGAGAUGAGCUCUUUGCAAAAUUCCUGAAUACCAAUCAAAAUACAGGUGAAAAACCUUCUAGCUACUUGCAAAGACUGCAGCUAGUGUUAAAUAAAGUAAUUAGUAGAGGAGGUAUUGUUGCCAGUGACUUAGAACGGCAGCUGAUUAAACAAUUUUGCAGAGGUUGCUGGGACAACAGUUUGAUUACCAAUCUUCAGCUUGAGCAGAAGAAACACAACCCUCCCUCGUUUUCAGAAUUCUUACUUUUGUUACGUACUGAGGAGGACCGGCAAGCAGCUAAGUCCUCUCGGAUGAAACAACACUUGGGCCUUUCUAAAACCAAAGCCCAGGCAUGUUCUCUAACAACGAAGGAUUAUGUCACCAAUGAUAUGGACAAUGCAAUUGCUGCAGACGCAACAUCCUCUGCCAGUACACACAACCUGGAAAAACAACUCACCCAGCUGCAGGCUCAAGUGGCCUCUCUGAAAGCAUCCCUGAGUGGUAACUCCAACCAGACCGCUACUAAGAAAACAAGGCCUAAAGCUAAGGUCUCUACUGAAGAAAACACCUUAUGCUCAGGUGACUUAAAGCUCACAAAGAAGCCUCGUCCGGGCUACUGUUUCAAGUGUGGUGAGGAUGGCCAUAUUGCUUCAUCUUGCAGUAAUGAGCCGAACUACGAUUUGGUUGAAGUUAAGCGCAAUCAGUUUAAACAAAAACAAAAGGCCUGGGAAAACCAGAACAAACUUGAUUUAAACUAA